GUACGAUUUGCUUUCAAUUGCGACUCUGAGCUUUGGGUUGAAGGAGAAAAUGUCUUGGAUGAUGGCGCAAGCGCUAGCGAAGAAGAAGAAGAGAAUGAAAAGUCGAAGACCUCGGAACAUCGAUGGGAAAAUAGUUCUGGAUGGUCACAAACUCAAGAAUAUUGUAAUGCUGACAGCAGGUGAUUUCGCGGUCAUUCGAGCCCCUGACAAUAGGCUUGAGCGCGAGUAUAUUGCUAAGAUUGAAGCGGUUGUUCGUGACAGAAGUUCUCGCCAGGUGCAAGUUCUAGUAACUUGGCUUUAUCGUCCGGAGACCACAAUGGGCGGAUUUGGACGACUUCCUUAUCAUGGCAGAGACGAACUUUUUUUCUCAAAUCACGAGGAUUGUCUUGACGUGGACACCGUGGAGCGAACAUGCAAAGUCUUAACGCUACACAAGUAUAAGAAGUCGACGAAUGUGGGCUCAGAGAAUGACACGUACUUUGCUAGAUACUUCUAUGACGUGGAGUCAGCGAAUAUCAAGCCCAUCUCCCAACAACGACUCCACAUUCACUGCCUCUGCAUGCUACCUUGCAAUCCUGACAGGCAAACCAUUUCAUGUGAUCGAUGUUUGAAUAAUUUUCAUCCGGAAUGCGUGGGCCUUACGGGCGUGAACGUCAAAGCGAUAAAGGAGUUUCUUUGUCCGAACUGUAAGUGCUUCCUCAACCAUCCACACGACGGCCCGCAAAGACUUUCUUCAGCAGUCAAAAAGAAGAAGCCAAAAUUCACCUCAACUGGCUGAGGCGAUUUCUCAAUCUGAUCGACGAAAGGGAAUGUGCGGUCACAAAGAAGUAACUAAGAUCUAGCUCAACUGGCUAAGGCGUUAUACUCUCUGAGCCAGGAGCGGGAGUUUGCGGUACGUGGUGGCAAUAGCCUGACGAGUCCGAUCCAAGCUAAUUGUUUACUACGCAAUACUGAAAUCAUUUCAGGUGAUCUGAUGAAGAUAGAGCUAAACUGUCAAUGUCCGUCCAGCAUAUGUCGAUAGUUAACACAGCAGAUAGAUUUUCCAUUGGUUUAGUCUUGCAGUCUUUGUGUACAUGCGGACUGAGUCUGGAUACAGAUUUUAGUAAGUACAUAUAUACACAGUGAUGAUUUGUCAUUCUUCUUUUACGUGCACAUAAAAGAAGAAAUUAUUUUUAACUAAGUUUAGUGUGUUUCAUUAGAUUAUAUUGUCUCGGAUUCAUCCUACAACGAUGUCUUCAAUCAGUUAUUGAGCUCGAAGAAUGUCUAACCUUUAUAUAUUGAGAAUCAUAAUAGAGAGCUUCGAGGGAGUAGCUUAUAUCUUUUUACGAGUAGAGGAGAUAAGAUCUCUCACUCAUCUUAAGGUCU